GGAUUCAGGGAGAUUGGACUUGGAUCUCCCUUGAUCCUAUUUAUUAUUGAGGAGAGUAUAGGGUGGUUGUUGACGUGGUAUUCAACAGGGAAUGAAAACAACCAAUUACUUGAACAUACCAUGAAACAACAACAAAUCAUAGACUGCGUCGUACCCAAACAAGUAUGGGAUACACACCAUAGUAAAAAGAACGGAUUCCAUUAUCACAUAUCGAUAUCCAGUGAAACAAGUCAAUGGGUAUUUUGUGCUUGUUGUGGUAGUUUGCUUCGUUUUCGUAUCUCUUUUGCACUCAUACAGUGUCCAUUGUGUCUCGCAUUGUUAUGGACGCGUCCUAUAGAAUCUUGUUAUUAUCAGUUGCUCUAUGAUUGUGAAGGAUGUGGUCAACGAUUGAUAUUUCCUUUGGAAGCGACCAUGGUACAGUGCAGUAUAUGUUUUAUGUUGAAAAGUUUUUCUCCACCUCGCAUGUCUUGUUGUCAACGCUGUGGAUUGAGACUUGUGUAUAAUGAAGAAAAGGAUACAAAUAUGUUGUUUUGUACAGUUUGUUUUGGACUCCAACCUUUAUGAGAUGAUGAUGACCAUCAUCAGCAGCAGCAGAAAACUUUUUCUAUCAUCCAUUUUUUUUCUCUCUCUCUCUCUCUCUGUGUGUGUGUGUGGAGGAGAAAAGGUUGAAUGAUGGAUGGUUGUGAUGAUAAGAAGAAGAAUAGGUUGGGAUGGAUCAUAACCUUUGGAAGGAAUGGUUAUUCUUCUUCCUUUUUUCAUAAAGUGAAUAGAAAAUGCGGUAUAAAAUAUCGCUGUUGUUGUUUCAGCAAUAGUCAACAUACUAAAAAGCACCAUCUCAUCACACCUGUGAUUAUCGUGCCCGGUUACGGAGCCGAUGCUAAAGAGUAUACGGGU